GCGCGUAACCCGUGAAGAGGCGGGUUUUGGUGUGGCGCGUGGGAUUCGAUUCGACCGGAGAACUGCGCCGUCAGCCCGCGCGCGCGGCGGGAGAUGGCUGGCUCCGGGGCGCUGCUGCGCCAGUGCCCGCUGCUCCUGCCUCAGAACCGCGAGGGGACCGUCUACGAGGGGUUUGUCACCGUGCAGGAUAGAGACUUCCAUAUAAGGAUACUGUUACCAUCAGAUUUUCAGCUUAAAAAUGCAAGGAUACACUGUAGCUGGAGUCUAAAGAAGGUAUUGCAUGGGUAUCACCAGAUUGUGAAACAGAGGUUGCAACACUGUUCUGAUCUGGUCAGUUUUAUGGUGGAGCUUAAAACUAUUUUGGAAGCUGCUUUAAAGAAUACACAAGAGCUGCAUGAACCCCCGCCUCCAGAAUACUACUCAUACCUUGUCAGAGAUAUAGAAACAUUGGGUUGGAAUAAAGUCGUAUAUGUAGAUACUGGUCUUAAUACCAUCAAGCUAAAAGGAGAAGACUCGUGUGGUCGACAGCAUCUAAUCACACUGAAGUUAAUUGCAAAGUAUCCUGCAGAACCGCCAGAUUGCUGUGUAGACUUCCCUGUUGAAUUUGCUAUCUCUUGGAUUCCACAGAGCUCCUUAGUAGACAUUUAUAACCAGUUCUUGGCAGCGUUAGAAUCACUGAAAGAAUUCUGGAAUGCUAUGGAUGAAAUUGAUGAGAAGACUUGGGUACUUGAGCCAGAAAACCCCACACGGAGUGCCACAAUGAGAAGAAUUGCACUAGGAAACAAUGUUUCCAUAAACUUAGAGGUAGAUCCCAGGCAUCCAACUAUGCUUCCUGAGUGUUACUUUCUUGGAGCAGACCAUGUGGUAAAUCCUCUGAGAACUAAGCUGAACAACAACAUGCACUUGUGGGAUCCAGAUAUCACCCUACUACAAAAUUUGAAAGAAGUUUUAGAAACCGAUUUUCCUUCUCGUGCUGUGCUAGAAAAGACUGACUUCACUAUGGACUGUGGUAUCUGUUAUGCUUACCGACUUGAUGGUGCUAUUCCAGACCAAGUGUGUGGUGAUUCCCGAUGUGGACAACCUUUCCAUCAGGCUUGCUUGUUUGAGUGGUUACAAGGUCUUCCUUCUAGCAGACAAAGUUUUAAUGUCAUCUUUGGUGAAUGUCCAUAUUGUAAUAAGGUGCCGUAUCUGAGACACUGGGGAUCAGAUUUGCAGACAUGCGGACAACUGCAGCUCAAGUCAAUGAAAGCUGUGCACAGAAUGUGUUAUAAAAUGUUACGGAAUGCUAAACUCCCUGAAAAAAAAUCAAGCUCCAGUUGUCUCAAGUUGGGCACCCAAAAUCCAUGGACAUUUGAAAAUUCUGGCCUUAAUCUCUCUCUGCUUCAGUUUCUGAUUUUAAAACAGGAUAAUACUUCCCUAUUUCACAGGCAUGUCAGGAAAAUAUUCAUUUCUUUAAUGUUUGUGAAUCACUCAGAUUCUAAGGAAUGUAAUACUUCUGUAUUCAGAGCGGGGUUUGAAAAGUGUGCAGGAUAUAUGGCAUGGGAGCACAAACUGAACAAUGAAGAUGAAAAGAAAUACUACACAGCUGCCCAUUCAGGGAGCACCAUCCAUCCUAUGAGCGCUGAAUGAGGCUGGGGGUUCUGUUGAAAAAAAAAAAUAGUAUUUGAUCAUGUAAUUAAAGACUGUGUCAUGACAAAUGCACAAGGGGACCGAAUUAAGGUUGCACAGACCAUCAU